AUGCAAACGACAUGUCAGAUGAUUCAAGAAUGGGACAAAGAUGCUCGAAAAGCCAUCAAACGACGACAAGCAUUUGACAACAAUAUCGGUGCCCCCGGAGUGCCCGGGAACCCAGAUUUCAGUCCAGCGAUACCACAACGAUUUGCACCCUCUGCGCAAGGGUGCAUGAACAUCCCAUGCAUCUGCCCCUAUAUGGGAGUGAGUUCUAAAUUUUUUCAAAGGUUAUUACUCGAAAAACUGGACAUAAAAUUCACAACAUUCCACUGUCCAUCUUAAAC